AUGGCGCCUCGUCAAACUUCUGUUACAGCUGGUGCUAUGAUUCCACUGACAAAGACGAAAGUAACCUCAAAUACUUUGCCUAUUGUUUGGAGAAACGUUAUCAUUUUUGGAAUUCUGCAUAUAAUAGCAAUAUUUGGAGCUCGGAUAGCCAUUUUCGAAUUACCCCUGGGAUUGUGGCUUUUUGGUUUGUUCUAUGGGCUUUUGUCAGGCUUAGGAGUAACUGCAGGAGCUCACCGAUUAUGGUCUCAUCGAACAUAUAAGGCAAAAUGGUCUCUCAGGCUCUUCUUAGCCUUUUGUAACUGUAUAGCUGGCCAGAACGACAUCUACGAGUGGUCAAGGGACCAUCGAGUGCACCACAAGUUUUCCGAAACGGAUGCAGAUCCUCAUAAUGUUAACAGAGGAUUCUUCUUCGCACACAUGGGUUGGCUGUUGAAAAAAAAACAUCCAGACGUCAUUAAAAAGGGUAAAACUAUCGACUGUGGCGACAUCUUGCGGGACCCGGUUGUACAGUUUCAGAGAAGGUGA